GACAAAAAAUGUAACACACCAGCAGUGUGUGAGGAGACCUGAAAGCGGCACAUGGCAGAGUGUGGCAAUGGAGACAGCAGCAAUGGGAGGCCGUAAAGGGACCCAUGAGAGACUCUGGACCUGGCAGCAGCAUGAGGAGGCGGUACAGGGGCCCAUGGCAGAUUACGGGCCUGGCAGCAGCAAUGGGAGGCCCGUAAUCUGCCAGCACCCUAUGACAAAAAAUGGAACACAACAGCAGUGUGAGGAGACCUGAAAGUGGCACAUGGCAGAGUGUGGCGAUGGAGACAGCAGCAAUGGGAGGCCGUACAGGGACCCAUGAGACACUGUGGACCUGGCAGCAGCAUGA